CCUUUUACUUCUUCCUCUUCUCCAUGUCUAUGAGUGAAACUAUGAAGAAAUGUUCGAGAUUUACACACUCUCUUUCUCACUCUAACUCAGAUGUUUUGAUGAGGUGAUUGAAAUGGAAAUGAAACUUGGUAAAGGAAUUGAUAUGGAACAUAGCCCCAACAGUGUUCUUACUGAAGCAGAGAAGAAGAGUACAAGGCUGAAGCCGCCACGUAGGGAUGAGAUAUUGAGAGUCAAAGAAGGCUUCACCGAGAUAAGCUUCAGGCGCUACCGCAGCACAUCCUGUAAGAACUUUUCUUCAAAGCCUCUUGCAAUGUCGGAUAAUAUAACGGAGCAAAGGCGAGGUUCUGUGUAUCAAAGCUCCAAUAAAAAAUUUAAAGAGCUUAGAGAUCCUCAGGGCCGUAAAGACUCAGAAGCAAAACUUGAGCUGUCUCGUACUAGUGAUGCUUCUUUCUCUUUUAGAGUUGUUGAUUCAUCAAGAAAGGCAAGUACAGAGAAAAAAAAAACCAAGAAGGAGAUUUCAGGUGGACAGAAGUCAUCAGCUGAACCUUACACCUCUGGCAACUUCAUUGACAUUUGUUUAAAAUCAGGUAUUAAAGAUAGAGCAGUGGUGUUGGAUUCAGAAGAGGAUUUAGCCGGUCCAACGAACCAAUGUAAUGACCAUAAUACUAGAUUGCCUAAGCCACAAGUAGAUUCAGUAUCUUCAUCAGAAGCCACUUGCAAUAAGGAUAGCUCAAGAGUUAGGAAAAUGCUUGAUCCAUUUGUUAAGUCAAAGUCUCUGAGAAGUCCUCUUGGGUAUUUAGGAGAAGCAGAAAAGCUGGGGAAGAACAAUGAGCGUUGCAAAUCUAUGUUGAGUGACUACUCAAACAAUCAUAAAAGAUUUACUAUGUGUCCUCCUCCAGCUGUCAAUAAGGAUUAUACGUUGGUGCUAAAAUCUUCCCCGGUUCAUCUACAUUGCCGUCUAAAAGUAGAAAGCAAACAUGGGUUGCCUGUUUUUCAGUUUGUGUCAGAUUCUCCAGAGGAUGUUUACACCGCAAAGACGUGGAAAUCAGACAAUGGUUCUAGUUGGGUUUAUACAUUUUCAUCUGCUGGAAGCAAAAAGAGGAGCAGUGCUAGUGUGAGGGGUUUGAACGAUGUUAACAAAGAGCCUUUGCUGGUGGCUCAGAUGCAAGUUUCAUGUAACAUUUGCUCAGAAGUAAGAAAAAAGGGACAAGAUCCAGAGACUUUGAUGGUUAACGAGUUUGUUUUGUAUGAUAUUGCACAAGCGAGAAGGAGUGUCUCCACAAAAGAAGAUCAGUCACUACCUCUUGAUAAACCUGAUUCAGAUUCAAGAAACAGUACAUUGUCCAGGGAUGCUUCUGAUACAAUGAAGCAGAGAUCUCAGACAAAACGUACAUCCCAAAGCUAUGAUCUAGAGGCUUCAAAUGGUACAAGCCCAUGGUCAGCUGCAGAUUUGCAUCCUGACCUUGAGAUUGCGGCUAUAAUUAUUCAAGACACCAUUGAGAAGAGAGAGAGCUUAAAGUACAGAAGAGGUGACAAAAGGUUGAUGGAGAAAACAAAUCUUCUUGGUCUUUCUCCAAUAGAAGAGGAGAAAAAGGAUUUGUUUAGCAGCAGAAGUUCAGAGAAGUUGAAAGUUGUAAUCCCAAGAGGCAACCAUGGGCUACCAACUACCGAAAACCCCGGUCCUUCCCCAUUGAUUCAGAGAUGGAGGUCAGGAGGUGGUUGUGACUGUGGUGGUUGGGACAUGGCCUGUCCACUUAUGGUUUUGGGUAAUCCUAGAAUCUCAUGUUCUCAUGAUCAGCCUCUUGUGGACAAUCAUCAUCCUUUGCAACUAUUUGUUCAGGGUGCUAAAGAGCAUAUACCAGCAUUGUACAUGUCGUCUGCUGAGGAGGGGCAAUACGAUGUUCACUUCCAUGCGCAGUUAUCAACUUUGCAAGCAUUUUCCACUUGUGUUGCUAUAUUACAUAACACGGAAGUCUCGGAUAGUUACAGAAAUGGCGAGAAUGUACAACUGUUCUCACACUGCAACUCACUGAAAAUGUUGAUUGAUGAUGAUGUUCAGUUUUUAGUUGAAGCAGUAACAGAGGACGGAGAACAGAAAGUCCAUAAUCCUGUGAAAGAAGCUGUGAUCGCUCUUCAAUCCUACAUGCCUAACCCUCCUUUCUCGCCAAUCUCUCGAGUGUAGUUUCUGAUGCUGUCAUCAUUGCAGAUACAUAAGAUUGGCAGUAAGAAGAGAAGAGAAGGUUGGUCUCCAGCUCCCUGACAAAGUGCAGACAAGCUAGAACUUAAAGAUGGGAUGUUCUCUGGUCUCCGGUCUCCUGAGAAAUGUGUCACGUUAAUUGUUGUGUCAUUUAUUCAUUCUUCCUAGUAGGAUCUAUGCAAAAGAAAAAGCUACAUUGUUCAUAUACUAUAAGGUAGCAAACGGGAGUUGCCCAAUUUGGUUAGAGUUCUCAUAUUAGAUUUGGUAGAUCUUUCAGAAAAAGUUUUGUAACUUGUAGUGAAUAAUGAGAUCUUCCUUUUUUUCUCUCCGG